AUGAUUUUUUUUGUAUGCAAAAUUAAAAUAGUACUACCUGACAAUCCUGGAAAGAGAAGAGUGGAAGAAAAAUUUUAUGAAACAACCGGCAUUAAAGUCAAAUGGGAGCCAGAAAUAAAAAGCAGAAUUGACUAUAUGCGUAAGCUUCGACAGUAUAACACUAUAUUAACCAGUCGGACUGGUGUUAGGAUUAAUCCUCUAACUGGAAGGUUAGAGAUGUUCGAAUCUUGGUGGAGUGAUCGAAUUGCGGAAUUUGGAAAAAAUGGAAAAUUUGUACGAGUGCUACAAAGCAAAACUCUUCCAUUUAAAGAACUACUCGAUCAAAUUUUUGGUGAACAUGAUCUAGAACAAGAUGAUCGUUAUUCACCACACACACUCCGUACAAAUAUCCUACAAAGACUUCAUCACGAAGAAAGUGAUGAUGAUAUAGAGGUGGAGGAAACACCAGAAGAAAAUGGGUCCCAAUUUCCGAUGGAACUAACAUCUGAUGAUGAUUUUCCCCGAGCUAGUCAGUCAGCUAUCGCUGCUACUAGGGAACAAGUACGGAGUUCUCCAUCCCGUAUAAAUAAAUCAACUUUGCGUGCUCGAAAGUCUACUACUAGACGUCCUAAUCAAAAAAGAAUCAACUUCGAGAGCCAAGUUCAAACUGGAUUUGAACGUCUUGAAGAGUCUCGAACAAGCUUAUUGGAUGUCUUACGGUCGCGGCAUAACUCAAAAGCAACUUUUGGUGAUGCUGUAGCUGUAUUGGAGACGUUGCCGGUUCAACCGAUGAGGAAAUUUUGGUGGGAAGCAAAUAGGCUGUUGAUGAAUGACGAAGAUGUUCGUGAUGGAUUUAUGAAAUUACGGAAUGAAGAAAAUAAAAUUCAGUUUUUGGAAAACCUAACUGGAGUUGAUAGAUAUGGCUAUCCAUGUGAUAUUAUCAAUCUGAGGGGUACUAGCAGCUCUGCAACUCCUUCUCUUCCAUCUAUGCACUCACAAAUGGCAGGAAUUAAUACUAAUGCAUCCUCAAGUUUCUCUUAA